AUGUGUCUCUAUGAAAAAGGUGGAUUCUUUAAGGCACAUGUUGAUACUGUUCAUGGUGCUUCUCAUUGUGCCACUGGUUUGGUGUGCCUUCCGAGUGAACACACUGGAGGAGAACUUAUUGUGCGAAAGGGAAACCAUCAAGUUCAACAUUCAUUUGCCAAGAAAUCGCAACUGAGUAACAGAAAGGAAUUUCAAACUGCAACCUUCUUCACAGAUUGUGAACAUGAAGUGCUUCCUGUUACCUCUGGUACAAGAAUUGUUUUAAACUAUGAUAUUUUGAAAACAAGCCUUGAAACAGAAGAUGACAUCAACUCGAAAAGUGAAAUUGAGGAAGAAGAAAAGACCGAAAGUGAUACUGAAGAAGAGGAAGAUAGCUCAAAGAGUGAAGGCAUUCUCUUCUUGUGCACACUUGAUGAUUCAUAUUUAGAACCUAAUCGUAUCACGAAUCCACAUCAAGGAUUCUAA